AUUUCAGUUGUAACACUGCUUGGUUCAGUAGGUAGUUAGUAAACAAAUUUAUUGCUCUCGUAUCUCGUUAGAUUUUUCGUUUGGACUGUAGCUUUCAGUGCUUUCUUCACUUACAUUUUGCUUCUUGUUAUAUCAUUAAUCGUUAUUACAUAUUUUUAAAAUUACAGUGGUUUUAAUUGUAAUUUUUUUUAUAAAGUUUAGUUAAUUUAAAUAUUUACAGUUCAGGGUAAUUAGUUGACUAUAUUAAUAAACGUAACUUUCUAAUUUAAAAAUGUACUAUUUUAUUGAAAUUAAGUUUAAAUAUGCGCGUUGAUUGGAUAUUCUAGACCAAUGUAUUACCCAUCAAUUAAGUAAUAAUUCUGGAUUUCUAACGAUGUCUACAGCUACAAGUAGUGAUAAUUCAGACAUCAUUAGUAAAAUUCAAAAAGUAACUGAAGAUUGUGGAAGCAACAUUGUAGUGCGUAAAAUUGUAUGUUCUGAAAAACUUAUAGACAUUCCUUGCAAUAAGAAAAAAUAUUCUGAAAUAUCAAUCUCAUCAUUAAGUAGUUCUUCAGAGUCAAAUAAUUCAGACUCUGAUACUGACAAUAGUUCAGAUCUGCACAGUGACGUGAACGAAAAACUACAGGACAAGUGUGACGAACAAAUACAAAAUAUUGAAACACAUUUUUAUUUCUUAAAAGAAAUGUUGUAUAGUGAAAGAAUAAGAGAAGUUGAAGAGAAGUUAGUUGAAGUGAGAUUAGGUACAGCUAAAGAAUACCGUAUACCUUUACAAGAAUUACAAGAUCAAAUGAAGUCUCGACUUGAAGUAGCAUCUGUAUUAAGACAAUUCAAAUUAACAAAUUUAAAACAUAAGUAUGAAGCAGAAGAACAAGCAAUUAGACAGAAUUUUGAGAAUAAUAAAGAAAUUUUAUACGAUACCAUAAAAGCUGAUUUAGAAGAAAAAAUUCAGCGAUUAGAAGAAGCCCGUAAUGAAGUAGAUAUAGAUGCCUCUCUUUGGUUAGGUCGUAGUUUAACUCGUAGUGGACGCGGACGUGGAAGACGACCUUAUGGGCAUGUACAACCAAAGCGGAAACCUGUUAUUGUAUCUGGACCAUGCAUAGUCUACAACCUUAGGGAACAUGAAAUACUUGAAGAUUGGACAACAAUCAAAAAGUUGUUAUCAUCAUCAAAACGAAAAGAAAAUGCAAUGCAACGAUAUAAACCAUAUGAAUACAACAACAAGGUAUUUCAAUAAGUUCCUUUGUUUGUAUUUUAAGUUGGAACUAUACCAAAAUUUAACUAUUAAAUUCUAAUAAAGUUAUUAAACCCUUUGUA